AUGGCCCCUGCUCUGUUCCAGAGUUGGGCGUUGGUUAACGAAUUCUUGCUCCUGUUUGCACUGUAUAGACUCAACAAUAUGGCAGUUCUGGCUACGAUGGCUGCUACUUCACAGCAACAACUUCGUUUCAAGGGUGGCAAAAAAGGCAAAAAGAGCAGUGGCAAGGGUGGCGGGGGCGCCAAACUGGGCCGACCCACAUUUGAGACGGAACGCUGCCCGGUGCCGCUUGAUGCGCUGCAGGACAAGUAUCACGGCCAACUGCAGCACCUUCUCAAUGAAUAUGCCACGAUUCGCACUGGUGAAGUGACACCAAAUUUGCUGGAUGGCGUCAAGGUGAAGAUGGGUGAUGCCACCUUUGCUUUGAGUCAGGCUGGCAUGGUGUCAGUCAAGAACACGGACACCCUUAUUGUGACCACGUUUGACAGUGAUACGGCCAAGGCGGCAUAUGAGGCUGUUGUUGAUGCCAACAUUGCUCCCAACCCCGUGCGGGACGACCUUGUGAUUCGCAUCCAGAUGCCCAAGUUGACCAAGGAAUACCGCGAGCAAGUGGUCAAGCGUGCCAAGGAGAUGUUGGAACAGACAAAGAACAAAAUGCGACACUUGCGCUCGCACGCUGUCUCGCAACUCAAGGGCACUGAAGGCCUGUCUGAAGAUGACACCCACGCAAUGCAGGAAUACCUGGAUGCCAUCAAUACGCACUUUGUGGCCCAAGCCGACGAGAUGUACGAGAAGAAGGCGGAUCACAUUUCGAAUCCGCAAUGAUGGAGGAGAAAUCACGCAGGUACCCCGACAAGCCCCCAAAGGUGCUCACGCGCCUCCGAUUUCCCGCCAGGCCAUGCAAAGAGGGAUUCGAAUUCAAAAUCGGAUUCAAAACUUUG